GUAGAAAAAGUCCUAAUUGAGGCUAGCAGCACCAGGCAAGCAGAGAUCUCUUGAGAACAAAAUACACCAGAAUAAACGAUAAACAGACAAGCAAACUGUAUGUGCUGUUGAUCACUGUUGUGGUAGGUCAAGAGCACGUGCUUCAAUGCUUCCAGAUCACAGUGAAUUUCAAGUAAGUUUACAGUAGGUCAUGAACCUAGAUUUGAUGGUUCUAGGUUUGAUUUGAUAAUGCUCCACACAGUGGCGCACACCGCAAGAUAACAAACCAUUUCACCCAAUUUGAAAUGUGUGGUAUGUGCAGACUAAACAUUGCGAUAACAGGAAGAGUUUAUCACAACAUCGUACAUACACAGCCACACAGGAUUAGCACACGCAGUGCCAAAUUUAUGGACCGGUACUAGCUCAUGUUACACCCGAAUUUAGAUAAAAAUGGUUGCAGUAGUCGGAAGCCAUUAGUAGUUUUCGUUUAGAUUUCACAGGAACAGCAUGGCGUUUGAAUACAUCGAAAUAACGGAUCCACUGUUCGUGCAGAACUUAGGGAAAUGUGAAGAGGACGACUACCUCAUGGUACGAGCCAAGCAGUACAGUCAUGUGCCGAUCAAGAUUCCGAACUGGGUGCCCCAGGCUCACUGCUUUAGCGUAGACUUUAAGAAUCACGAGAAGGACCUGCUCGAAGCGGAAGUGUAUCCAGAUGACGUGUGGGUCAUAUCCUACCCGAAGAGUGGAACGACCUGGGUCCAGGAGAUGGUUUGGUGCAUCUGCAACGAUCUUAACUUUGAAGCAGCCCGAACAAACAGUUUACAAAGUCGCUUUCCUUUUCUGGAGGCUAGUUCGUUCGCCCCCGUUUCGUUCAAUACGUACGAGUACGCAAGAAAUACGCCCCGUCCCCGCUUCAUCAAGACGCAUCUUCCAGUGUCGAUGCUGCCGAAGCGCUACUGGGAAGUUAAACCCAAAACCAUACACAUCCGACGCAACCCAAAGUCGGUGGCCGUUUCGUACUUCUUUCACUCCGAACGAUUCUUUUACAAAUGCUCCAUGGAUACGUUUUUGCGAUCGUUUGUUCGUGAGCAUCAAUUCUUUUCACCGUACCAUGCGCACGUGAUCGAGUACCACGAGCUGCAGGGUUGCGAUAACAUACUGCACCUUACGUACGAAGAGAUGAAGCGCUAUCUGCCAGCGGUUGUGAGGAAGGUGUGUGAGUUUUUCGGCAAGUCGUACAGCAAACCGGAGCUGGAACUGUUGUACCAGCAUCUUUCCUUCAAGUCGAUACGCGACAAUCCGACGCUUAAUCGUGAAAAACCGAAUGAUCCAAUCAAGAAAACACCAUUCAUACGCAAAGGCGAAACGGAUGGUUGGAAACACGAACUAACACCCGAGCAGAUCCAUAUGCUUGACGAGUGGACCAAGGAAAGGGUGCCAAAUCCGGAGCACAGGAAAUUGUUUGAAUAACGGAAGGACACCAUGGGCGAAUGAGUUGAAUUGGAAAGAUUUGAUUAGAAAGAAACAAAAAGCACGCAUUGAAAAAGGUACAACAAAGAGAGACAAUAAUAAAAAGAUAGCAUUUUAAAGCAAUGUAAAUAGCCUUUUUUUAAUUGCCUGCAUACAGUGGCGGUCAUCUAAAGUCCGAUACCGCAUAUUUUCACCUAUUAUCUGACUUUGCGACACCAUGGACAGUUCCCUUAAGUUAAUCAAGUGUUUAAUGGCAGGUAAGGCGGUACAUUUCCACUACUCCUUCAUUUCUGAUAAUUCUAAAAGUUUAAGUAACUCUUUAUCGAGAUGUUAAAAGUUAUCGGUCUGAUUUUUUGCAUUUGCAUAGCUAAAGAGUAUCCUCAAAGACGUGUGAAGAAAGUUUUGCCGAUGAGUGGUCUAGGGAACUGUCCAUGGUGUCGCAAAGUCAGAUAAAAGAUGAAAAUAUGCGGUGUCCGAAUUUACAUGGCCGUCACUGUAGUUUAGAAGAAUCGCAUCUAACGUAUGGAUUGGAAACGGUCCUCAACACCUCAGACUCUAGAUCAAAUUUAUUUAUUGAUUCAUCUGAAUUGAAUAGUACACGCAGAGCUCUUUCUU